GUAUAAAAUUGUGUAUAAAAUUGUAUUGAGAGACUUAUUUUAUAACAGAGGGAGUAUCUGAUAAUGUGGUGACAACUAACAACAUCAAGGAAUAGUCGGUGCUCUUCCGUAAAAUAAAUAAUCGAUGCUAGCACGCAUGCACCGAGUAGCUUCUAUGGUGUAGCCGGUACAACAUGAAGAAAAGCACCGACCGCCCACUGCUUGCCUUAUCCCAUCGCCACUCCUCUCCUUCUCUUAUCCAGAUCGCCGUCCCAGCGUGGUCCUCUUCCUCUUCUCCAUCCAACCCAGCCAGAAGCUUGAUCUGGCCGUUCGCCCCAGUCGCCGGUCCCGUGGGUCAGCAGCCUCGCCUCCACCCGAUUCAGUCGCGUCCUCCUUCCCAAGGCUUUCUCCGAUCUGCCAACCCACCACCCCACCACGCCUCGCUCUCUCUGCCCCCUCCUUCCCCACGCAGCGCCGAUGGGGCAGGGCCUCCGCGGCCGCCGGCGCCCUCUGCGACUCCUCUUCUCCAUGAUUCGCCCGCUAUUACUCCUCUCCUCCACGAUUCGUGGUGAUGUUGGGGUGGCAUCUUCUUCGAGCGGGAGGUGUGCCUCGUCCUCGCACAUGCUCGGCCGCGCCAUCGGAGCCCCCCGCAGAGGCAGUGCUCCGCCACCCGAUGCUGUUCUUCGCGUCGUCCCGCGCUCCCAAAGCUGGGAACCGGCUCCCCGCCUCCAAGUUCUCGGCAUCGACGUCCCGUGCUGCCUGCAUCCUCGCCAAGCCCGACUCGCAGCCGUGUAGCCCGAGCUCGCCAAGGCGCUUCAACUCCGCCGCCGCGCCAUCUUCUUCAGGCGCUCGAGCACGAGCACAAGCUCGCCCGCGCCCCACCUCUCUCUGCCGCUCCGUCCGCCGCCCGCGGUGCCGUGACCCGUCACUGCCGUGCCCUGCAUCACUCUGUAGCCGCGCCGCCUGGGUCGAUGCGGUCAGCGCUCCCAAGCCGUUGACCCCGCGCCAGGGGACGACUAUUUCCUCCCAUGCGUGCGCGCCCGUGCUCCAGCCCUCCCCUCCCCAUGCUGCCGGCACACUCGCGCCGCGGGGCCGUAUCCAGCCUGUGCCUGGACGACGGAAGCCCCCCCACUGUCCGUGCGCUCCGGCCAGCUCCCUGUCGCGCUCGAGACCUCCUCGAGUCUUCCCGCCGAGGCCUUCCCGGUGACCAGCCUUUGACUUGGGUCUCCUGUCCGCCUCGGCGCGGACGCCCGCCACGACGCCGGUGGCAAGCGGCGGCGCGUGCCCGGCGAUGGAGAACGGCAGGAUAAGCGGUGAGAGGCGCGGUGGUGAGCCAGUCCAAUAAGAGAUAAGGGUUGCGGGUAUAAUUUCUAACAAAUGCAGGGGGUUUUUACGCAAAACCAAACAUUUUUCUAAAUUGCCACUAAAACAGGGACUGCGGGUUGAUUUAUGUAAACCGAGGGGCUUUUUUGUAAAACUGCCAGGACGACGGACGACAGAAACCCAAUUCUCUUUAUUUUGAAGAAGAAGAAGAUUAGUCCGUAAAGCCCCUGUAAAUUGCCCGUUUGUGUAGCAUUACUCCUUUUCUUUUGAACCCAGUACAGGCGCAAGUAGUCCUGGCCAUGGGUAGCCCGGCCCGGCCCGGCCCGACGCUGCCCCCGGGCCGGGCUCGGGCCUAGUUUUUGAGCCCGAAGGCCGGGCCGGGCCCGGGCCUGGCGUUUUUGUCAUUUUCUGAAGGUCGGGUCGGCCCGAAGCCUGACGGGCUUUUACGUGCUCGGGCCCAGAAACACAGGCCCGAUGGCCGGGCCGGGCCCGGGCCUGUGUUUUUUGUGUCGGGCUUGGCUAGGCCCGGCCCGAAGCCCGGCCCGGCCCGAGGUUUGGCCAGGUAUAGGCGCAAGCGCUCAUAUACACGUGCAUACAUUCAUUCCUAUGAACGCACAUACGCACAUCCUAUCACAAUGAGCAUCUCCGAAAGAUUGAGUCGGCAUAUCAUUUUUAAAUUUACGAAGUCAUCGACGGGAAUGUCUUCUCCCACUAAAUGUGCAUCGCCAGAGUUCCUGAAAUAAAUGCGAGCACCAUGACUUGAAUCCUGGUGGGAUGGAAUACCACAGUCCUUCUAACCAUCCAACCGCAGAUUAGUUCGCUUUUUUCUUUUUUGACAGAGUACAUGCAUUCCCCACUUUCAUACUUCCGCCAUUUCUAUGUAUUUUUUUAAUACACCUUCAGAUCAUCCAUACGUACAGAGUGGAACUUCAAGUGAUGUGAAUUGCUAGAUGUGGUCAGAAGACUUUGGACGUGAAGGUGGUGACCGCUAGGAUAUCUUGAAACUCCAUCAACUCUUAAACCGUCUUUACCUGCAAGUUUAUAUAGACGUUUUAUACUAGAGGCCCAACUGGAUUCUAUGCUCAAUAUCCGGGGAGCUCCUAUACGCCGCAUUUUGCGGCGAAUAGUUCACGCGACCCACAGGGGGCGCGCGACUGGGCCGGCCCAUUCGUUGUCUCGCGCGGAAUGUAAAAUUCGCAAAAAAGAAGAUCAGGCUGCUAGGAAUCGAACACGUGACCUGCUUCAUACGCACGCGACGGGCUAGCCACCAGGUCACGCGGGCUACUCGGCAAGAUUGACAACACAACACUUAAAAAGAAACUGCCAGCAGCGCCGAAAAAUAGAAACCAGUUCGCCAGAUUCCAAAAAAUAAAACUUGCAGGAAAGAGAUCGUACUCAAGUUCCUCCCGCCAGAGAAGCAAGUACGGAACCACUGUAGUAACUGAGGUUUAGUAUGUACAAUGGCAGCCAGGAGUAUAUGAACUAUAAUCCGCGGCACAUUAAAA